CUUUGUUAGGCUGUUCUUGUUGGUGAUCACUGCCAGCUCGGUCCCGUCAUCAUGUGCAAGAAAGCAGCAAGGGCUGGUCUAGCUCAGUCACUGUUCGAGCGGCUUGUGUUACUUGGUGUCAAGCCAAUUAGAUUACAGGUUCAAUAUCGGAUGCAUCCUGCUCUUUCGGAGUUUCCAUCUAACAGCUUUUAUGAAGGCACUCUUCAAAAUGGAGUGACGAUUAACGAAAGACAAUCACCUGGCAUUGAUUUUCCUUGGCCAGUGCCAAAUCGUCCAAUGUUCUUCUACGUCCAGAUGGGACAAGAGGAGAUCAGCGCAAGUGGAACAUCCUAUUUGAAUAGGACUGAGGCUGCAAACGUUGAGAAAAUUGUUACGACCUUUCUGAAGAGUGGUGUAGUUUCUAAUCAGAUUGGGGUUAUAACACCAUAUGAAGGUCAGCGAGCAUAUAUUGUGAACUAUAUGUCAAGAAAUGGUGCUCUAAGGCAGCAGCUAUACAAAGAAAUUGAGGUAGCAAGCGUAGACUCAUUCCAAGGAAGGGAAAAGGACUAUAUAAUUUUGUCUUGUGUGAGGAGCAAUGAGCAUCAGGGCAUUGGAUUCCUCAAUGAUCCACGUCGGCUGAAUGUUGCCCUCACCCGUGCUCGUUAUGGUAUUGUUAUCUUGGGAAAUCCCAAAGUUCUGAGUAAGCAGCCUCUGUGGAAUGGCUUAUUGACGCACUACAAGGUAUUUGCCCUGCUUUAUAAUGUUCUUUUUUCCCUGUUCUAUCAUGAUUGGGCAUGUCUAAAAUAUGAUUCUGCGAACAUGAUUGAAAAAGGCAUGACUGAGGUGCACCUUCAAUGCCUGAAGGGCCAUUAAAUGCUAUUUUAUUGA